CAGAGCUGAGAGAGAGGCAGCGGAAGCAGCCGCCGUAGGAGAAACCCUCUCGAAGCAACCGUCCGAAUGAGCUGAGAUGGAGGAAGGCCAGACGCCAGCCAAGCCAGAGCGAGAACGAAGGGGAUGAGGAAUGGAGCGCUGCUGGAAACUGGUGUGAAGGCAAGGGGAUCAGAAAGAGAAACAGAAAAUCCUACCACAUAGAAAAGUCUUCAGACAAUCCAUUUGGAGCAAGUUAAAAAAAAAUGGAGCAUGAAAUGAAUGCAAUAGGAGACGAACAGACACCGAAGAGUGAUGGUUCGGAGGCGGCAGAAACGGCAGGAAAACAGAGCCUCACAUCUCAAGUUGAAUUCAGCGCGCUGCCAAGCCAGGGUCCAGUUCUGCGCUCGAAGCCACGAACUCAGAAGCACGCCCUUGUCCGUCCCUGGAAAUCGCUGCCUCCCACGCCUUCAGGAUUACUGGAAAAAGACCGGAAAGGCUGAAGAGUUUUUUGACAUGGUGGCCACAAUCCAGGCCCGGAGGCUCAACGACCAGCGGGCGGAUUUUGCAGGGCCUGAAGUUGCAAGCGAAGAGAAUUCUGGGAUAUCGGAAGACCAACUCUAUGACACUAUUCUAGCUCACCAGAGCCAGCGUCUUGAGGAUCAGCGCACGGAGCCUCCUAUCCCGGUGGGAAUUCAAGGGCUGCUGGAUUUAUUGCUCACAGCUCAAGGGACCCGGAUGGAAGACCAGCGCUCUGCCCUUCCUCCAGGCCUUGCUGCCCCAACCUUACUAGGAAGACAGCCCUCCUUUCUACACGGAGUAUGAAACUACUCCUUCCUUCAUCGUUUCGGAGUUCGAAUGACUUUUGACCUGGUCAGAAGUUAGAAUUGGGUUGACCUCAACAGUGGGGGAACUGAAAAUCAAAUGGAAGACUUUAUGCAGGAAAGAUACCUUGCUUUGCAAGAAAAAGAUGUUCCAGCACAAACACAGCUUUGCAAAUGGCUAAUUUUUUACUGGCUAUGGCACGUACUUGAUACUGUCUGAGCUUGUUGUUUUUCUCGCAGACGUUUCACUACCAAACUAGGUAACAUCAUCAAUGCUAGAAGGGAGUGGAGUUGACACCUAUCCAUUCUAAUUCUCGGUGGAGACUCCGCUCCUCCCUCUCUGCCUCCUCCCUGCCAAAAGCCAAUAGUGACAGUGGAGGUACUCAUCAACUCACAACCACCAUUGGGAUUGAAACUUCUGUCGCUAAGCGAGGUGGUCAUUAGUUGAGUCCUGCCUGAUUUUACCUUUUUGCCAUAGUCAUGAAGCAAAUCAUACCGUCUUUAAGCAAAUUUGACUUUCUCCAUUGACUUUGCUUGCCGGACAUCUGCUGGGAAGGCAAUCAUGUGACAUACACACACACCGGACUACACAAGCGCCCAAACUUUGAUCACAUGGAUGCUGCAAUGAUCAUAAGUUCAAGGACCAGUUGUAGACCACUUUUUUCAGCACUGUUGUAACUUUGAACGGUCACUAUCUAAAUUGUACGUCGAAGACUUGCGCGUAUUUAGAGGGCCAAUGAAAAGUCACAGCAGUGCCAUGAUUUUUAAUGGUUUAGGGGCGGCAUGAAAAGGAAAAUAGCAUUGAUUAAGGGCGUGGGAAAAUCUCUUUUUCCAGUAUGCGGGAGUCUUAAAAUGCUACGAGACUAUGGAUUUAAGCUUAGCAUGUUUAUCCCAAAAGCACUAUGCAUAAUGUCUCAGCUAAUUCAUCCCUGCAGUGAAAGAGCUCUUAAAGUUAGCACUUUUCUUAAGUAAUUUGAUGUUUAAUGCAAUGUUUCUGAAUGCGGAGCCCUCCAAUUGUCCUGCGCAAAGCCAUCCUAGGGAAAUAGUUCAGCUUGUUGUUGUUAGUUGCGAAGUCGUGUCCCCAUCGUGACCCCAUGGACAACGUUCCUCCAGGUCUUCCGAUCUUCUACCAUCCUCUGGAGUCCAUUUCAGCUCACUCCUACUGCUUCAAUGACUCCAUCCAGCCACCUCGAUCUCUGUCGUCUCUUUCUUCUUUUGCCCUCAAUCUUUCCAUCAUUAGGCUCUUCUCCAGUGAGUCCUUCCUUCUCAUUAGAUGGCCAAAGUAUUUGAGUUUCAUCUUCAGGAUCUGGCCUUCUAAAGAGCAGUCAGGGUUGAUGUCCUCUAGGACUGACCGGUUUGAUCGCCUUGCAGUCCAAGGGACUCACAGGAGUCUUCUCCAGCACCAGAGUUCAAAGGCCUCAACUCUUUGGCGCUCAGCCUUCCUUAUGGAAGCCAUACACUGCAACUGGGAAAACCAUAGCAUGCACUUUUGUUGGCAGUUCAAUAGGUCUAGUAAAUUAGACCUAAGAGUUUAUUUGAAAAUGACAAAAUAAAUAUAGCUGCUUUCAUAUGCCUGUGAAGAAAAGAGACAAGUUGAUGGUCUAAUUCUUAAACAUAUUAUGGAUCCUGUUUUAUUGAAGAACUGCUGGGUCUGGCCAUCAACCCAUGCAAACCAGCAUUCUGAGUCACACAGUGGCUUAUUGGCUGUGUUGGGGAAGCUCACAAGCCUAGAUUAGAGAGCGAGCACCUUCUGCUCCUCUUUCUCCCUAGUCACGGGACGUGGGCCCCAUGGCAGUCUCUCACACAAUGUCUAGGUACGGAAUCUCUGUUGUGAGAUGGACAGCCAUGUAAAUGCCUUUAAUAAUUAAACUAUAGGUACGUCCCAUUCCAAAUAUGUUUCUUUAAAAAAAAAAAGCGGUUGAAAUGACAUAGUAUUCCUGUUUGGGGGAAUACGGUGUUCGUGCACAAGGGAAGUUUUGGAAUUUAUAAAAUUUGAAGAGAAGGCAUUAAAACAGGGUUGCUCAACCUUGAUAGAUGUAAGACGGGGGGACUUCAACUCCCAGAAUUCUGGAAGUUGAAGUCUACUUCCCUUAAAGUUGAAAAACUCUUAAUUCAAUGCAAUGUAUUGCAUGCAAUUCACUUUUUUGUUUCUAGCGGUGUUUCUCAACCAUGGCAACUUUAAGAUGUGUAGACUUAAAACUCCCAGCUAGGGAAUUCUGGGACUUGAAGUCCACCCAUCUUAAAGUCACCGGGGUGAAGACAUCCUCCGUUAGAAUCAACCUGCGGGAGGUAUGAUGUAUAAGUCAGCAAACGCUUGUUCUGCAAAACCUGAUCUUUACUCUCAAUAUCUUGAGAGCAUAAUCCCCCAAAUUCAAGGUGAUGUUAUCCUGAUUUAUCUAGAUUUAAAGGCUAUGUGGGAGGCUCUUGAGUUCCACGCUUUCUAUGUGUACAGUUGCCUGGAAGUGGAACCGUAAUUGAAUUUUCUCACCAAUUAAGCUACUUCUCCCCCUGACAUAUUUAGCAUAUAAAAGCUAACAAAACCUGCAGCUGUUGACUGCUUCUCAUUCUCCAUGCACAAUUGCGCUUUAACGCAGUCGUAAUAAAUUUUGUUGCGAGGCUACGGUGUUGUGUUUCUCUGCAAGAGAGAGUUCAAGCAUGGGUGAGCAUGUGGCAGGAAAAUGGAUCAGGAACGAACAAAUGGGUGAUGCUAAACCACUAAAAAUUCCCGUAACUUUUAACUGGGCAAAAUGGUACCUCUUAGGGCAAUAAUUUUUUAACCAAGGUACCUUAAAUGCAGGGGUGAAAUCCAGCAGGUUCUGACAGGUUAUGCAGAACCGGUAGCAGAAAUUUUGAGCAGUUCGGAGAACCGGUAGCAAAAAUUUUGAGUAGUUCGGAGAUAUACCAUCUCUGGCUGGCCCCAGAGAGGGGUGGAAAUGGAAAUUUUGCAAUAUAUUCCCCUGGAGUGGGGUGGAAAUGGAGAUUUUGCAGUAUUCUUUCCCCAGGAGUGGGGUGGGAAUGGAGAUUUUGCAGUAUCCUUCCCCUGCCACGCCCACCAAGCCACGCUCACCAAGCCACACCCUGCCCAUCAAGCCACGCCCACAGAAUCAGUAGUAAAAAAAAAUUGGAUUUCACCACGGCUCAAAUGGGCUAACUUACAGAAUGCAUUCAAAAUGACUCCUCUGGAUUUGAAAUUCGGAAAUGUUAUUAAAUAUUUCAUGACAUAAAAAUGAUCAUAAAAGUUUAGGCCAUAAUACAGAACGUCAUAAAACAUUUCCUCUUGUCAAGGUUGUAUUGCUGUAUAGUUCAGUACGGUCUAUUUUCAAGGCAGAUAACAUCUCUUGAAUUUUUAAAGUACAUUAGAAUCUCUGCCAUUGUUGAAGACAUUGAGAGAUCUGGUCAAGAAAUAUCUGUGAAAAAUACCAGUAUCAUUAUUAAUUUUCUUUUAGACAACUAAGGUGUCACAGGUUGUCUAACAGGAAAAUAAUAAUAGAUAUUGUGCUUCUGUUUGCUUAGAAUGAUAC